AUGUUUACACCGGUGUAUAUCUCUUUUAAAAAACAUCAGUACCAGUACAAUAUUAAAACCGACACCAAAUAUGUCACUUUUUCGUGUGUGAAUCGCAUUCGCGUAUCAAGAUCGCAUUUUCGUAUCAAGCCGCUUCAAAUGUUAAGUGUGGGCCCACAGGAAAAAUAUAGAAGAAAGUAUUCCGAUCCAGAGCCACUAGAAAAGCAAUAUGAAACUGGACCCAUAGCAAGGCAUUUGAGUAUUGGAGUACAAGAACAGGAUCAAUACAGACACACUGUUAAUAUCGAAGAAUGUGCUGACGAAGAAGAGGCUUGGGAGAGAUUCAAGGAAAUGUUCGAUAGACAUUACUCCACCUUAGACGAAGAAAACUUCCGCAAAGACAUCUUCUUGGCCACCCUUAGAGGUGUCAGAGAGCACAACGAACGCUACAAGAACCAUGAAGUAUCGUACAGCCAAGGUAUCAAUCAAUUUUCCGAUAUGACUCAACAAGAAUUACAAACUGGAACUGGAAGUAGACCCUUAGGGAGGCCAUUAGAACAUAUACCUGAAUAUCAACAACAUCGUUAUGUUAAUAUCGAAGACAUUUUAGAUGACGAUGAGGCUUGGGAAAUGUUCAAGAGAAAGUUCAACAGACAUUACCUUACCCCAGAAGAAGAAUACUUCCACAGAGACAUAUUCAUCAUCGCCCUUAGACGAAUCAGAGAACACAACCAAAGGUACAAGAACCAAGAAGUAACGUACCGCCUAAGUAUCGAUCAAUUUUGCGAUUUGUCCCAAGAAGAAAUGAGCUCCACAAUGAGACAAUACGGAACUAGACCCAUACAGAGGCAUUACGGAACUGAAGAUAUAUACACUGUUAAUAUCGAAGAAAUUGAGAACGACGAUGAGGCUUGGGAGAUUUUUAAGAAAAAGUUCGACAGACAUUACUCUACCUUCGACGAAGAAAACUACCGCAGAGACAUCUUCUUGGCGACCCUUAGAAGUGUCAGAGAACACAACGAAUGGUACAAGAACAAACAAGUAUCGUACAGCCAAUGUAUCAAUGAAUUUUCUGAUUUGACCCAAGACGAAUUCCAAAAUGGCUCCACAAUGAGUCAUUAUGGAACUAGACACGUAUAUAAGGAAUUGAGCAGAGACAGAAGCGAUCAGCUGGACCUCACAUUGGAUUCUUAG